AUCAUGUCCUCAGACGUCCAGCUGCGUGACCAACCGGACCGACUGAGAUCCUGCGACCGGGAGAGCAGACACCCCGCCGGCGACAGGAGCGACUGAGAGUGUCAGAAAUUAUACAUCCUGCCCAUAGUGAACUGACCGACUAUACCCGAGUCUGGGCGCCAUGGAUGCAAUUAACUUCACCUUCUGGAAUGCCUCUGAGGCCAACGAGACCAUGGAGACGGUGGAUGAGAGUCCUUAUAAGACUGUGGAGGUGGUGUUCAUUGUACUCGUGGCUGGCUCGCUUAGUCUGGUCACUGUGAUCGGGAACAUCUUAGUCAUGCUCUCCAUCAAGGUAAACAGGAGUCUGCAGACCAUCAACAACUACUUCCUGUUUAGCCUGGCCUGUGCUGACCUCAUCAUUGGCCUUUGCUCUAUGAACUUGUAUACGGUCUAUAUUGUGAUUGGAUACUGGCCACUUGGCCCGGUCGUGUGUGAUUUGUGGUUGGCACUGGACUAUGUGGCGAGCAACGCCUCCGUCAUGAACCUGCUCAUCAUUAGCUUUGAUCGCUACUUUUGCGUCACCAAGCCGCUCAGCUACCCGGUGAAGAGGACGACCAAAAUGGCAGGCAUGAUGAUUGCGGCAGCUUGGGUGUUGUCCUUCAUCCUCUGGGCACCGGCCAUCUUGUUCUGGCAGUUUAUUGUUGGUGGACGCACAGUCCCAGAAAGAGAUUGCUACAUUCAGUUCUUCUCCAACGCUGCGGUUACUUUCGGCACAGCUAUAGCUGCUUUCUACCUGCCCGUUAUCAUUAUGAUGGUUCUGUACUGGCAGAUAUCCCGUGCUAGCAAGAGCAGGGUCAAGAAAGAUAACCGUAAGCCAUCAGGCGGAAACCUUGAUGUAGCUUCGCCCAGUCAGACCCACGAAAAAACAGCCAACAAACCCAACAAACCCAACAACAACAACGUAACAGCUGAAGAAGCAGACCGUCGUCAGACCCAGAUAACCGAUGACGCCGCCAACCAGCACGACGCCAAACUUCAGAAUGGCAAAGCGCCAUCCACAGCUAGCGGAGAAGUGGAAGGGGAGGGCGAAGAGGGAGUACGAGGAAACUGCGUUCCCGCCGAGGAAAAGGAAAGCUCCAAUGACUCCACCUCCGGAAGUGGCGCCGUAACCAAUCAGAAAGAGGAGGCGGCGCCGUCUACGGCCAACGAAGGUCCCGCAAGGCAUCGCGCCAAGGCUGGAGGUUCCAAACUUACGUGCAUCAAGAUCAACACCAAAUCGCCGAAAGGAGAUAGCCACGCUGCCUCGAACACUACCGUGGAGAUCGUUCCCACUGUAGAGAGGCAGAACCACGUGGCGAGGAAGAUCGUGAAGAUGACCAAGCAGCCGCCCAAGAAGAAAAAAGCGACGGCCUCGCGGGAAAAGAAGGUGACGCGGACCAUCAUGGCCAUCCUGGUGGCAUUCGUGGCUACCUGGACGCCCUACAACGUGAUGGUCCUCAUCAACACCUUCUGCUCCAGCUGCAUUCCCAACACGAUGUGGACCAUCGGAUACUGGCUCUGUUACAUCAACAGCACCAUCAACCCCGCCUGCUACGCCCUCUGCAACGUCACCUUCAAAAAGACCUUCAAACAUCUGCUGCUCUGCCAGUACAAAAACAUACGCUCCGCCCGAUGA